UGUACAUCAUGAUUUGGAAUAAUAGGUACAUAUGUAACAGCCAACUCUACUAGAAGUGAUAUGAGGAUACAAUAGUAUAUACGCGGCGACACAUAUAAAGUACGUGUGUGUAGAACGAAAAUUAUAUACUUGUGCGAGUAUGCGGUUUUGGAUAGAAUACAGCUAACCUUAUCGCAUGUCUCACCAACAGGGGCACUCGAUCUUGUCCUGAGGGGUUGCCUUGCCUACACAUUACCAUCUCAGAUUCGCCACCACCUUCGUAUCUGCACAUACUUCACUCUAGGCAUUCGAAUCCAAUCACGACAAUAACUUAAUCAGAUGCAUGUACUUGUGUGUUUAUUAAAUUUGUAGCACGAUCACUUGUGUGCUCAGUAAGUGUUUGACACAAUGUCGGACCUUCCCUGGAGGCCGCGGCCGGUGCCUAUAGACCACACAGCAAGGGUCGCCGAAAGUUUGCCCGGCACACGCCCAGCUUCGGUUAUUGAAAGUACACCCAUCCGCAUUCCCACCCCGAAGCCAUACACUCCCAGUGCACGCGCACAAACACAAACGCAAGCACAGGUACAUGUACACAUACAGUCAAAUUCAGAUACAGACGAGAAUAAAGGAUUGGGGUUGCCAAGUCAACUAGUAGUACAACCGGAAAGUGAGGUGCUGGGUGGUGAAGAGGUACCAAGGCGUAUGUCUGAUAGUGCUAUGACUCGAUCGACCACUCGAAGCACAUCGGUACAGUCUGAGCCGGCCGUUCUACGCGAUAGAGCCUCGGCACCUGUGUCACCCCGGGGCACUCCCAUCGCCAGACGAGACACGGCACAGGCCGAUACCACAUCACUCACAUACGCAUACAGUACGGAUGGGGAGGGCGGAGAUGUGUCAGACAUGCAUACAGGUGAUUAUACUCAAACAGGCGGUGUUAAAAGCACACAGGAGCCAAACCACUUGCCUCAGGCACACAUCCAGCAGUACUCGACGAGCUUACCCACAGCUGCCCAGUCACCGCAGUUGGGUGAAGGGAUGGCUGCCGUAACCACUGCGCGAAGCAAUAGCAAUGUGAGUGAAAAGUCUAGUCGAAUCAACUUCCCCUGGCGCAGAGAUAGUGGUAAGAAGAGUGGGCUUGUGCGCACACGCCCGCAUACCCAUACUAACAGCGAGGGGGCUGGGGAUGAACACAAACACGGCACACACGGUUCGUUUAGUGACAAUGAACAAGCCAUGCAUGGGAAUGGCAAUGCCAGUGGAAGCGAACGAGCGGG